CUCAACAUGGCGGAGGUGGACGCCACAGUUUCUGCCUUCAUUUGGAAUUACGUGUUACCCUGGAUACUUGUGAUUAUUAUUUUAAACUAUAUCAAUAGUUAUAUUUACAGUCCUUAUAAGGCUGCCUAUGCUUGGCUCUUAAACCGACUGGGGUUUCACAUGGCGAAAAAAGCAUACAGGAAAAAGGAGAGAUUAUUUUCAUCACUGGCGAAAUUACAUGUUGACGGGCGACCGCUGGAUAUCCUAGAAAUCGGAGUCGGAGGGGGCACGAAUUUUGAAUAUUAUCCUCCUGGAUCAAACCUUAUCUGCAUCGAUCCAAACCCACAUUUUGAGAAGUACUUAAAGGAUAACCACUCCAAAUACCCUCACGUGAAUUUGAAGGGUUUUGUGGUAGGAACGGCAGAGAAAUUACACGGGUUUCAUGAUAACAGUGCUGAUGCAAUAGUGUGUACCUUCGUCUUAUGUAGCGUAGAAGAUAUAGAAGAAGUGUUGAAGGAGAUAAAAAGAGUUUUACGCCCAGGAGGGAAAUUUUACUUCCUGGAGCAUGUGCUAGCUGAUAAAAAGACACAUCCAUGGGUGUACAAGAUGCAAAAUUUCAUCAGGCCAGUGUGGAAAUGGGUCGGUGAUGGGUGUGAAUUUCAAGACACAGCACUUCAUAUUGAGAAGGCUGGCUUCUCACUUGUUGACCAAGAGCACUUCAACUCUGCUAUCAAAUUUAAACUAAUUCAACCAAUGCUGAUGGGGACUGCCACUAAGUAAGGCGUCCUUUCUCAUGCCAGGAUGGACGCUGCAUCAGGGUGUUCGUAUUUGGUAGAUUUUUAUAGAAAGGAGUUUUUAUGGACUUGGAAAAAUUUAACAGGAUUUUUCUGAGUUUAUAGAGUUUUAAUUCAAUGUCCUUAAUUUAAUUAACUUAAUUUAAUUUAAUUUAAGCUGCAAUGUAGUGUUAUUUAAAAAUCAGUAUAACUGUAUGACUGUCUGGUUGUGAAUAUUUUAUUGUGCUCAAAUUAUUAUGAAAAUAUUUAAUAGUUAUGCAUUUUUAUCUAAUCUACACAAUAUAAGUUAUCUCCAAUUCUUUACAUUUUAAAAAGGUGAAUUCCAA